UCAAGUUUUAGAGUUAUCUUCUUUUUUGUAAUUAUUAAUCCUUUCACAAAUACCUGGGGGCAAACUGCUGCCAGGCCAAAGGUUUCUCCUUAGCAACAAGUGGUGCCUAAGGAAGCACAGCUGGCGAUGGGAGUCUCCUCCCUCCAGCUCUUCCACCAGCAGCCAGAGAGAAAAAGUCUCUCUGAGCGCUGAUGUGCCUUUCAGAGGGCACGGGGAGUCUCCCCAAAAAGCAGAACCACCAAUAAAACCUCCCUGGAGGAUUUCUGCUUACUCCCCACAGAGCAUAGCUGCCAACCAUCGGUACCUCCCUGCUGCUACCCACCUCCUCCCUGCUCACUACACCCUCAGCACCCAGUCCUGUAUGCAGGGAACCACCUCUCCCACUCUCUUCUGAGCUUCCUCUGGCCCUCUGCCAGGACUCCCAGCACACCCCUGCCGUACCUUCACCUGCAGCCAGCGGUGCCCAGCUGCACGCAGGGGUUCCACGCAACACACGGGUCCAGACGGGCAGACGGCACCAAGCCUCCAUCCUCUGCCACUGCUGCAGACAGCUCCUCUCAGACCACAUGGCCACUACUGGAAAAGUUAUCCGAUGCAGAGCUGCAGUUGCCUGGGCAGCGGGCAAAUCACUCUCUGUUGAGGAGAUAGAGGUUGCACCUCCAAAGGCACAUGAAGUGCGAGUCAAGAUUGUGGCUACAGGGAUCUGUCGCACAGAUGACCACGUUCUUGAAGGUACAUUUCCUGAUCUAGAAUUCCCAGUCAUCCUCGGCCAUGAAGGAGCUGGGAUUGUGGAGAGCAUUGGAGAAGGAGUGACCUCUGUGAAACCAGGAGACAAAGUCAUCCUCCUUCCACUUCCUCAGUGUGGAGAAUGCAGCUUCUGCUUGAAUCCUGACUCCAACUACUGCCUGAAAACACACACCUUUGCAGAAUACACUGUUCUGCCCGACUACACCCUGGCCAAGAUAGAUGCUGCUGCACCUCUGGACAAAGUCUGCUUGCUUGCCUGUGGUUUUCCCACUGGCUAUGGGGCUGCCAUCAACGUUGCCAAGGUAAAACCAGGCUCCACCUGUGCUGUCUUUGGCCUCGGAGGAGUUGGCCUCUCUGUUGUCAUGGGCUGCAAGGCAGCUGGAGCGUCCCGCAUCAUUGCCAUUGAUAUCAACGAGGACAAGUUUGCCAGGGCCAAGGAGCUGGGAGCCACCGAGUGCAUCAACCCUAAAGACUUCAAGAAGCCUAUCCAGCAGGUGCUCACCGAGAUGACUGGUCACGGCGUGGACUGCUCCUUUGAGGCUGCUGGAACUGCAGAUACCCUGAUUGCCGCCCUGGCCUCUUGCAAUGUGAACACCGGGCUCUGUGUGACGAUUGGUGAACUACCUGCUGGUUCAAUAGUUCCCAUUGAUCCAUUCCUUCUACUAAGUGGGCGCACCUGUAAAGGGACUCUGCUUGGAGGCUGGAAAAUGAGAGACUCUAUCCCCAAAUUAGUUGCCAGCUAUUUGGAGAAGAAAUUUAACUCCGACUUGCUGAUCACACACACGCUGCCAUUUGCUGAAAUCAACGAGGGAUUUGAAUUGCUACGUGCAGGCAAAAGCAUUCGCAGCGUGCUGCUCUUCUGAAGGAUGUGAUCAGGACAGCACGAGAGCAGCACACAGCCCAGCAGAUGCCCUCCUGUGCGGGCCCUUCCCUCCCACAUUGCCCUUCAUGGACUGUAAAGACAGAAGCACAAGGAACCUGUCAGCUGUGCUGCUGCUGCCAGCGCUCCUGAGCCCAUCCUCUCCUGAGAAAACAGUUAUAUAAAUAAAGGCUCUCUUACAAACUC